GUACAACAGACAAAUAAAUAAUUGUGUAAAUUGUCAAAAUUAUUGUCAACGUCACAUUUGAACGAUGGAACGGGGGGUCAGGGAACCGGAGUUUAAGAGCACCCCUGUUGAAUCCAUUCGUGCUUUUAGGCAUUUGGGUCCUUCGGACCCGCUUUUCUUGCCAGAAGCAGCGUCCAACAGAAAAUGCACCGACAUCGUAUUCCUGAUACUUUUCCAACUGUGCCAAAUAAUUCUAAUUGUUUCGUCGGUUUUUGUUGUAAUGACCGGCGAUAUAAGAAUCACUUUGCUUGGUAGAGACGCUUGUGAUAAUGUUUGUGGAAUGGAAAAUAUCGUAAAAUUCAAUGAAACAUGUCCACUAAAAGACUACACACAAUACCCGAUUGCACUUCUAUCGGAAAAACGGUGUAUCACGUUACAAGAAUGUGAAAAGUUGAACAUGAUGGUAAAAAACUACAUAUGCCUGAGAAAGUUUGGUCCCAACUUAACCAAAGCUGAAACUGCUCUAACUGAAGCAGAGAUUUCUUACGGCAAAGUGGUUCAAUUGUCCAUAACAACAGUUGUGGUAACACCGGUCAUUGUGUCAGUGCUUGCCAUCGUGGUCUUUCUGUUAUUUAAACGGAACGCAUUUUUUACAUUUUACUUCUUUGCCACUUUUACAAGCAUAUUAUUUGCGAUAGCUACUCCAGUUGCCUGGUAUGCCAUAACCAUGGAAGGAAAGAAAAUUGGCUUCGUACAACGACAAAUUUGGUUCUAUUAUAUUCUAGUUUCCAUUUUAACACUGAUUACGAUUUCCUUGCCAAUCUUGCUCUUUUGGCGUCGCAAAAAAGUGGGAAUUUUAAUCGAAAUCUAUCGAGAAAUGAUUCCUGCAAUUUUUAAAUCCUGCUACAUAAUGUUUGUUCCGGUGUUGGCCACACUUGCUUUAAUUGUAAUAGGAGUAGUGUUUUUUUUCCUGUAUGUGUAUGCAAUUAGUGUAAAACUUCCCCAAAAUGCCGGCCUGCCCAUAACAAGAUAUGCUUACAUAGUCUUCAUGUGUUUUAUGGCUUAUUGGAUAUUCAUGUUUGCCGUUGGAUGCCAAUCGAUGAUAACGGCUGGAGCUGUCGCUAGUUAUUUUUUCUCAAGGGACAAAGCAGGUUUCAAAAACCAGUACUUCAACUAUGCCAAAAUCGUAACCCGAUUUCAUCUGGGUACCAUUGCGCUUGGAUCACUGAUAGUAGUAGUGAUAUCAGUCAUUAAAUACUUGCUCCAAACUCUCAGGAACCACGAGAUCGAAUGUAUCGAAUUGUUUUUGGAAGUUAUUUGCCACUGUAUGGACGAAUUUAUGCAUUAUAUCAGCGUGAAGGCGUACAUAAUGACAGCGAUCCAUGGUCGAAAUUUUCUAAAAUCAGGCAAGAGAGCAAUUCGAAUGAUGUGGGUGCAUUUUUUGGACUUGAUCCAAGUUGAUGGAUUCAAUCUUGUAGCAAUGUUCUCUGCUGGUGUUAUAAUUAUUUUUGUUUGUAUGCUUUUUGCCACUGCGAUUACAUGGAAUGAACAUCCAGACAUGCAACUUUCUAUUGGAAUACUAACAGUUAUUAUGGCAAGUGUAAUAAUUUACAUUUUUCUCUCAAUGAUAACCAUGUCCAUCGGGACAGUCUUUUUGUGUUAUUGUGAAGACCAGGACAUGAAUGAUGGUAGUCAAGAGCGUCCAUACUUUAUGGACCCAAAACUUGAAGCAACAAUUAACGAGGCCCUGGAAUUUUCUGCCUUAAAGAAGGCAGAAAAGGUACAGCAGCUUCAGGAAAGAAGGCGCCAAGCUCAACAGGACACGUAGUACAUUUUUAUGUAUUUUCUAUAACUCAUAAGCAAAUAAACUGAUUUUCAACAUGAAA